AUGACGCUAUCAACAUCACUGUCGCAAGGUAACAGAGCUUACUCAAGACACGUCCUCUUGAGCAUGACUCCACCAGCUCCCACUGCCCUCACUUCCUUCAGGGAAAUCCAAGAUGUCGCCGACACCAUUCCCAGAAGAAGAGGAAGUCACGAAACCGAGAUAACGAAUGGAGGAAAUAGUGCAGCGAAAGAGGAUUCAUCUCGAGACAAUGAUUCAGUGGAGGUGGUCGGGGCGUCCAGAGUAGCCCUCGUGGGAGAAGAUUGUGGAGGAGAGUCCCCAAAGGAGUGGUGGGGAGCGAGGCACACCCUGGCACUCAUGGGGUUCCUGGGCUUCACCGUCUUGUCCGCCGUCAGGGUCUGUCUCUCCAUCACGAUCGUCGCGAUGGUCAAGUCAGAUGCCAAAAACUCAACGGGACGGAACGCCUCGUUUGACACCUGUCCGUUCCCCGAGGAUUAUGACGUGGCUGAGACAAGUGGCAAUGAAGCCGGCGAGUUCGCGUGGGACGAGGCGGCGCAGGGCAGGAUCCUCAGUUCCUUCUUCUACGGGUACAUCUCCACCAACCUCAUAGCCGGUCGCGCCGCAGAGCACCUGGGGGGGAAAUUGGUCUUCGGUCUGGGCUACUCGGUCAGCGGUCUCCUCACGGUACUCUCCCCCUGGCUGGCGCGGAGGUCGACCGCAGCGCUGGUCGUCGCCAGGGUCCUCGUCGGCGCAGGAGUGGGCGUUUCCUUCCCCGCGAUGACGACGCUCCUGGCCUCGUGGAUCCCGCCGGACGAGAGGGGGAAGUUCGUUACCCUUGUGUAUAAUGGCAUUGACUUCGGGAACGUGUUAGCCCUGGUGGCGAGCGGCUGGCUGUGCGACGUAGAAUUCCUGGGUGGUUGGCCCCUGGUUUUCUACGUCUUCGGCGCCCUGGCUCUCGUGUGGACCUUCGUCUGGUUACUUAUCAUAAGCGACUUGCCUGAGAAGCAUCCUAGAAUAUCGGCGGCGGAGAAGGCUUACGUCGUGCAGCGUUGUGGCGUCACGAGGGAGAAGCCGCUGCCCAUCCCGUGGAGAGCCAUCAUGACGUCACUUCCGGUGUGGGCCAUCAUGGUCGUGCAAACCGGAAACAACUGGGGCUUCUUCACUCUGCUGACCGAGAUGCCGACUUACCUGAAGAACGUGUUGCACUUCGACAUGAGGAGUAACGGGGUCCUCUCCGCCCUCCCUUAUAUGGUAUUAUGGGUGUUUAGCCUGGCGUACGUGACCAUCAUAGAGCUGAUCCUCACCCGCGUCCGUGUGCCUGUCCUUGUCAUUCGAAGAAUAUCCAUGGCCAUAGCUUCUUACGGGCGGAUGCUAGGCCUCUUGGCCCUGUGCUUUGUGAACUGCAAUAGCACGCUGGCACUGGUGGCACUCUGCCUCUCCGUCGGCUUCGGAGGGAGCGUCUACUGUGGCUACAUGUGCUCGCACCAAGACCUGGCACCCAACCUGGCCGGCUUCCUCAUGGGUCUGUCCACCACCAUGGGCAACAUACCCGGUCUCGUGGCGCCGCAGCUCACGGGUCUCAUCAUCAGAGGAAACCAAACUCUAGCGGCCUGGAGAAUCGUCUUCGUCAUUUCCGCCGCCAUUUUCCUGGUCAGCGGCACCUUCUUCCUCGUCUUCAUCUCCGCCGAGCAGCAGCCGUGGAAUGACGUCACGGAGAAGGAGGGAAAACAAGCGAACGCACAACCGGACAGCGUAGAAAAGGAGAGCAAGAAGAGAGAUGAAACUGGAGUCUGA